ACGGGAAAGAGGCGGGGGGGGGGAUCGGCGGUGAAGGGUCCCCUUUGACUGAAGGCAUCGGAAGGAAUUUCCCCCCGUUCGGCCUGCGCUGAAGCCGGAGACCGAAUGGAGGCCCGGGGGUCUCCGGGAGCGGGAGCAACAACGGCCCUUCAGGAGGGGAGCGGCUGCGGAGGGGAGUCCGGCAAGGAAAGCGGCGGCCCGAGCGGCCUCUCCGAGGAGCCCCGCAGCUCCGAGGCCAAGCGCUGGCGCUUCCGCAGUUGCGGAUCCCGGGAGGCCGAGGGGCCCCGGGCGCUUUGCAGCCGCCUGCACCAGCUGUGCCGGGGGUGGCUGCGCCCCGAGCGGAGCAGCAAAGCCGAGAUGCUGGACCUGGUGGUGCUGGAGCAGCUGCUGGCCCUGCUGCCCCCGGAGCUGGCGGGCUGGCUGAGGGAGUGCGGGGCGGAGAGCUGCACCCAGGCGGUGGCCCUGGCCGAAGGCUGCCUGCUCGGCCCCGCAGCCGCCCCGGAGCCCGGAAAGGGGCGGCAGUUGCAGGAGCCAUUCAUUGAGGAUAUCUCAGAAGAGCUCCAGAGAAGAGGACAUCCAUCCAAUGAUUCUGAAGAGAUUCUUUUCAGGAGGAUCCAACUGGGACUACCUUGCCAGAAUGACCCCGUGAGCCUUACUAAUUCAACCUUGAAGAUGAUCCUAGGAAUGCAAACAAAGGGCUCUGAUCCCUUUGAGGUGGCAGCUGUGGACUUCACAGAGGAGGAGUGGGCACUGCUGGAUUCUAGCCAGAAGGCCUUCUGCAGGGAAGUCAUGCUGGAGGUUAACAUGAAUAUGGCUGCUCUGGGUGGUGGUGAUGGGCUGGAGAAUGAGAAUGAGAAGCAGCGGAGGUUAUUUAAACCACAAUAUGCAGUGUCUUCAAAGAGCCAAAGUGAAUUCCGUACAAGUCGUAAUCUGACGCACCAUCAGAAGAUCCCCUCAAAUGACAAAACAUAUAGCUGCAUGGAGUUUGGAAAGAUAUUCAGUGAGAGUAGUGAUAUUAAUUGCCAGCAAAGGAUUGACACAGAGGACAGACCAUAUAAAUGCAUGGAGUGUGAAAAGAGCUUUAUUGACAAAUGGCACCUUACUUUCCACCUAAGGAUGCACGAAGCGGAAAGACCAUAUAAAUGCAUGGAGUGUGGAAAAGCAUUUGCUCAGAAAGGUGAUCUUAUUAAUCAUGAAAGAAUCCACACAGGGGAAAAACCAUUUCAAUGUACAGAAUGUGGAAAGAGCUUUGCUCGGAAAGGACAGCUUAAAUCUCAUAACAAAAUCCACACUGGGGACAGACCAUAUAAAUGCAUGGAGUUUGGAAAGAGAUUCACUGAAAAUAGUGACAUUAAUUGCCAUCAAAGGAUUGACAUAGAGGACAAACCAUAUAAAUGCAUGGAGUGUGAAAAGAGCUUUAUUGACAAAUGGCACCUUACUUUCCACCUAAGGAUGCACGAAGCGGAAAGACCAUAUAAAUGCAUACAGUGUGGAAAAACGUUUACUCACAAAAGUAGGCUUAUUAUUCAUGAAAGAAUUCACACAGGGGAAAAACCAUUUCAAUGUACAGAAUGUGGAAAGAGCUUUGCUUGGAAAGGACAGCUUACUCAUCAUGAAAGAAUCCAUACAGGGGAGAAACCAUAUCAGUGUAUAAUAUGUGGAAAGAACUAUGCUCACAAAGGACAACUGAAUUCUCAUGAGAGAAUCCACACAGGGCAGAGACCAUAUAAAUGCAUAGGCGGCAUCGGAGGGGAUUUCAGCCGUUCGGGCUGCGCUGAAGCCGGAGACCGAAUGGAGGCCCGGGGGUGUCCCCUUCAGGCGGGGAGCGGCCUCUCCGAGGGCCCCCGCAGCUGCGAGGCUGAGCGCUGGCGCUUCCGCAGCUGCGGCUUCCGGAAGGCCGAGGGGCCGCGGGCGCUUUGCAGCCGCCUGCACCGGCUGUGCCGGGGGUGGCUGCGGCCCGAGCGGAGCAGCAAAGCCGAGAUGCUGGACCUGGUGGUGCUGGAGCAGCUGCUGGCCCUGCUGCCCCCGGAGUUGGCGGGCUGGCUGAGGGAGUGCGGGGCGGAGAACUGCGCCCAGGCGGUGGCCCUGGCCGAAGGCUGCCUCCUCGGCCCCGCAGCCGCCCCGGAGCCCGGAAAGGGGCGGCAGUUGCAGGAGCCAUUCAUUGAGGAGAUUUCAGCAGAGCUCCAGGGAAGAGGACAUCCAUCCAAUGAUUCUGAAGAGCUUCUUUUCAGGAGGAUCCAACUGGGACUACCUUGCCAGAAUGACCCAGUGAGCCUUACUAAUUCAACCUUGAAGAUGAUCCUAGGAAUGCAAACGAAGGGCUCUGAUCCCUUUGAGGUGGUGGCUGUGGACUUCACAGAGGAGGAGUGGGCACUGCUGGAUUCUAGCCAGAAGGCCUUCUGCAGGGAAGUCAUGCUGGAGGUUAAUAUGAAUAUGGCUGCUCUGGGUGGUGGUGAUGGGCUGGAGAAUGAGAAGCAAUGGAGGUUAUUUAAACCACAAUAUGCAGUGUCUUCAAGGAGUGAAUUCCUUACAAUUCGUAAUCUGGCGCACCAUCAGGAGAUCCCCUCAAAUGACAAAACAUAUAGUUGCAUGGAGUUUGGAAAGAGAUUCACUGAAAGUAAUGAUAUUAAUUGCAAUCAAAGGAUUGACACAGAGGACAGACCAUAUAAAUGCAUGGAGUGUGAAAAGAGCUUUAUUGACAAAUGGCACCUUACUUUCCACCUAAGGAUGCAUGAAGCAGAAAGACCAUAUAAAUGCAUACAGUGUGGAAAAGCAUUUGCUAAGAAAGGUCAUCUUAUUUGUCAUGAAAGAAUCCACACAGGGGAGAGACCAUAUAAAUGCAUACAGUGUGGAAAAGCAUUUGCUCAGAAAGGUGAUCUUAUUUAUCAUGAAAGAAUCCACACAGGGGAGAGACCAUAUAAAUGCAUACAGUGUGGAAAAGCAUUUACUACCAAAAGUAAACUUAUUAAACAUGAAAGAAUCCACACAGGGGAAAAACCGUAUAAAUGUAUACAGUGUGGAAAAGCAUUUGCUCAGAAUGGUGAUCUUAUUAAUCAUGAAAGAAUCCACACAGGGGAGAGACCAUAUAAAUGCAUACAGUGUGGAAAAACAUUUAUUCGCAAAAAGAAUCUUACUUCUCAUGAAAGAAUCCACACAGGGGAAAAACCGUAUAAAUGCAUACAGUGUGGAAAAGCAUUUAUUUGCAAAAGUAGUCUUACUUAUCAUGAAAGAAUCCACACGGGGGAAAAACCAUUUCAAUGUACAGAAUGUGGAAAGAGCUUUGCUCAGAAAGUACAGCUUAAAUCUCAUAACAGACUGCACAAUGGGGACAGACCAUAUAAAUGCAUAGUGUUUGGAAAGAAAUUCACUGAAAGUAGUGAUAUUAAUUGCCAUCAAAGGAUUGACACAGAGGACAGACCAUAUGGAGUGUGAAAAGAGCUUUAUUGACAAAUGGCACCUUACUUUCCACCUAAGGAUGCACGAAGCGGAAAGACCCAUAAAUACAUACAGUGUGGAAAAACAUUUACUUGGAAAUAUGAUCUUAUUAAUCAUGAAAGAAUCCGCACAGGGGAAAAAUCAUUUCAAUCUACAGAAUGUGGAAAGAGCUUUGCUCGGAUAGGACAACCUAAUUCUUACAAAAGGACCGACACAAGAGAGAGAAUAUAAAUGCAUGUAGAGUGGAGAAAGCUCCAGCA